AUGGCAAUAACGUUUUCAGUGUCAAACAACAACAAACAACAACCGAAGCAUAAACAAGCGCCGUUUCUAGCACCACAAACAGCAACAUCUACAACAGUACCAUAUAACACCAACAGCUAUAGCAUCAACAACGACAACAGCAGCGACAGCAGCUGCAACAACAACAACAGCAGCGACAGCAGCUGCAACAACAACAACAGCAGCGACAACAGCUGCAACAGCGACAACAGCAACGACAGCAGCUGCAACAACAACAACAGCAGCGACAGCAGCUGCAACAGCGACAGCCGCAACGACAGCAGCUGCAACAACGACAACAGCAGCGACAGCAGCUGCAACGACAACAACAGCAGCGACAGCAGCUGCAACAGCGACAGCAGCAACGACAACAGCUGCAACAAUGACAGCAGCAACAACAGCAGCUGCAACAACGACAACAGCAACGACAACAGCUGCAACAACGACAACAGCAGCAGCAGUAGCAGCAACGACAAUAACUCGAGCGAACGUAGAACAACGCAUGAGCGCUCUUCUACAUCAUAA